UUUCAUACACAUUCCUUCGACGUACCUUAUUUAUUCGUUCAGCCAAUGCUGUAUAUUUUUCAAAACCAACAACGUUUUACAGAAAAGGAAAAGACAAUGGCUCCAUAUCUAGUAGUUCUCCUCAAUUUAUUUCUUUUAUCAGGUGUAAAAUUCUCCGAGUCUGCGAGAAUUUUCACCAUAAUAAAUCAUUGCAAAGAGACAGUUUGGCCUGGAGUCUUCCCAGGCGAAAACUUCAAUGGUGGUGGAUUUACUCUAAAACCAGGCCAAUCCAUGAUUUUCACGGCACCAGUAAGUUUUCAAGGCAGAAUUUGGGGAAGAACAGGAUGCAAUUUUGAUAAAAAUGGCAACGGCUCAUGCUUAACUGGUGAUUGUGGCUCAUCUCUAAAGUGUACAGGCACGGGAAAAACUCCUGCUUCGCUUGCCGAAUUUACCCUUGCAUCGCUUGAUUUUUAUGAUGUUAGCCUUGUUGAUGGAUUUAACGUGCCCAUGAGUGUUACUCCACUCAAUGGCAAGGGAAAUUGCAGUGUUGCUGGUUGUAAUGGAGAUUUAAGACAAAAUUGUCCCUCUGAACUUGCAGUUAAGAACAAUGGGAAAGUUAUUGCAUGUAGGAGUGCUUGUGAUGUGUUUAACACGGAUGAGUAUUGUUGUCGGGGCAAUUAUGGAAAUCCAACGACUUGUCAACCUACUUUUUAUUCCAAGAAAUUCAAAGAAGUUUGUCCCACUGCUUAUAGUUAUGCCUACGAUGAUCCAACUAGUAUUUUUACUUGCUCAGGGACCGACUAUGUUAUUGCUUUUUGCUCCUCAAGGAAGCAACCAGUAUGCACAUACCAUGAUCACAAGCUAGUUUGCGGUGGAUCAAACAAUUUAAGAUCGUCUAUAAGCAACUUGUGGAUGAUAAUUCUAGGAUUAACCCUCAUAGCCAAUUUCAAGAUCUUUUAAUAUGUAUAAAUGGUAGUAUGUUGAUUCUCUUUUUUUUUUUGUUUUUUUUUUCUGGGAUAAUAUCCGGAUUUACACUUAUUUUUUCCUUUGAAAACUAUUGUUGCAAAUUUCAUAUACUAUUUUUUUACUAUUAAUUUCUGGGCACAAGCUUUGUGUGUAUCCCAUGAUAAUGAGUGUAUAAUUUUAAAAUUAUUUAUAGAA